AUGAAAUACGCAAAAAUUUCAGUUGACACUCGAAAAGCAUUCAUUGAAAAAGUUAAAUAAGGUGCUUGUACAAUUAAGCAAGCAGCUAAAUAAUUCGGAAUCAAAUUUUCAACAGGAAAAGCAAUACUAUCACUAUAUAAACAUGAAGGAAGAGUAGGAAAAAAAGAAAGGAGGACAAGAAGAUUUAAGAAACAAAUAGAAGAAAAAGAAAAUUAAACUAGAAAAUGUUUAAAGGAUGAACCUCCGAUAGAAGCUAAAUAAGUUUAGGAGGUUUAGAACUGCCAAAAUAAUUAAUCAUAUUUUAAUUACUCUUAGCCUUAGUACUACAACUAUCAAUAAUGGUAUUAAACCUAAGCCUGGUUAUAAUACAUGAAUGGUCUUUCUUAAAUGAACUGUUAUAAUUACAGAAAUAUAUAUUGA